AUGUUCCGAUUUGCUAGCUGCUUUGCCCUGGUAGCCAUUGCUACGGCUGCCUACAUCCCAUCCGGUAAUGGACAUUCUAGCUCGAAGCAUGCUGCCAGGAAGGUUUUCCAUCACGCUGCGGAGGACGAACCGAAGGCGUCAUCGGCAGAACAUCACCAGGCGCAUCAUCACCACGAAGAGCACGAUCACUUUGUCGAUUAUUAUGCGCCCAUCAACUAUAAGUUUGAGUACGGCGUUAAGGACCCUCACACCGGUGAUCACAAGACGCACUGGGAGGAACGUGAUGGAGAUGUGGUGAAGGGUGCUUAUACUGUUCUGGAUGCUGAUGGUAGCUCCCGAUUGGUCGAGUAUACGGCAGAUCCUCACCAUGGGUUUAACGCCGUGGUGAAGAAGAUCGAACACGCACACAUCCCGAAGAAGGAGCAUCAUGUUGCUCCGGCUCAUGAGGAACCACAGGAGGAGCAUCAGCAUCAUCAUAACCACGAGGCUGAUGAGCAGGUUUCGCAUAAGCAUCAGCAUCACUUUCAUCACUAUCAGAUGCCCGAGCAUCAUGGGUAUGGGUAUGGCAAGGGCUAUUAG